CUCUGAUUCUGAAAUACCUAAUCAUCUUCCUCCACACCACAACCUUCCAACUUCACCUUCAACCCCGCUACACUUCAGAACCUCCACGACUUUCGAACGUCCGAGUGGAGCCAUUACAGACAACGUCUAGAACAAGGCUCACACAAGUACACUACAGCUAUGUCUGAACGCUACAUCCCAGAGCAUCGUCGUACGCAGUUCAAGGCGAAGGGUACCUUCAAGCCUGAGGAGCUCCGUCGUCGUCGUGAGGAACAGCAAGUUGAGAUUCGCAAAGCUAAGCGUGAGGAGAACCUUGCAAAGCGCAGAGGCCUUGCCAGCGCCGAUGGAUCCAGGCCGGGCGCAUCGUUAGGGGCUGCUCCUGAUAGUGACGAUGAUACUGCUCCCACGGAGUCUCAGCUAAAUGAGGACCUCCCACAAAUGGUACAGGGUGUCCUGUCCGACCAAAUCGAUAAGCAAAUCCAGGCUACGACUAAGUUUAGAAAGCUCCUUUCAAAGGAGAGAAACCCACCUAUCGAGGAAGUUAUCAAGACCGGUGUCGUUAGCCGUUUUGUCGAGUUCCUUCGUUCGCCUCACACCUUGGUCCAGUUCGAAGCUGCCUGGGCUUUGACCAACAUUGCUUCUGGAUCAGCACAACAGACACAAGUCGUCAUUGAGGCUGGUGCCGUCCCGAUAUUCGUUGAGUUGCUUGCCAGCCACGAGCCAGAUGUCCGUGAGCAGGCCGUUUGGGCGUUGGGAAAUAUUGCUGGUGACAGCCCUUCGUGCCGUGAUUACGUUUUGAGCUGUGGCGCUCUCAAGCCUCUUUUGUCUCUUCUUGGCGAUAGCCGCAAGCUUAGCAUGCUCCGCAACGCCACCUGGACUUUGAGCAACUUCUGCCGUGGCAAGACUCCCCAGCCAGAUUGGAACACUAUUUUGCCCGCCCUCCCCGUCUUGGCGAAGCUUGUUUACUCCCUCGAUGACGAGGUCUUAAUCGAUGCCUGCUGGGCAGUUUCAUACCUGUCUGAUGGAGCCAACGACAAGAUUCAAGCAGUUAUCGAGGCCGGUAUCCCACGCCGCCUUGUAGAGCUCCUGAUGCACGCAUCCACUUCCGUCCAGACUCCUGCUCUCCGCUCCGUGGGUAACAUUGUUACCGGCGAUGACGUCCAGACCCAGGUCAUUGUCAACUGCGGUGCUCUUCCAGCCUUACUGUCGCUGUUGAGCUCCAGCAAGGAUGGUAUUCGCAAGGAGGCUUGCUGGACCAUCUCCAACGUGACUGCUGGCAACUCCACCCAGAUCCAGGCUGUUAUCGAUGCCAACAUUAUCCCACCUCUCAUCCACCUCCUGUCGAACGGAGAUCUUAAGACUCGCAAGGAGGCAUGCUGGGCCAUUUCCAACGCCACCUCGGGUGGUCUCCAGAAGCCUGAGCAGAUCCGCUACCUUGUCGCCCAGGGCUGCAUUAAGCCACUGUGUGACCUUCUGGCCUGCCCAGACAACAAGAUCAUCCAGGUUGCCCUUGAUGGCCUAGAGAACAUCCUCAAGGUUGGAGAGAUGGACAAGGAGUCCUCUGGUGAGGGCCCAGAGAGCAUCAACAGAUAUGCUCUCUUCAUUGAGGAGUGCAACGGCAUGGAGAAGAUCCACGACUGCCAGACCAACGCCAACGAGGAGAUUUACAUGAAGGCAUACAACAUGAUCGAGAAGUACUUCUCCGACGAGGAUGACAACGCCGUCGAUGAUGAGGCUGCCCAACAGGCACAGGGCGCUAACGGCACCUUCGGCUUCGGCACCCAGGGACAAUCUGGUGGUUUCAACUUCGCCAACGGUGGAGACUCCAUGGAUAUGUAAAUGCAGCUACAUAUCCACGAAUAUAUCUUCGCGCCUUGGGUUACUUUACCACCAACAUACUCCUCUUAAUUUUACCGGCAUCUCCUAAACCCCUUUAGUCACAGCACAUAACAAAUUCGACUCCCCACACGACACAGCACCAAGCCCUCGAUGAGAGGACUUCCCCUCACCCCCUCGCACAGUUUUUGCGAUGCGACCCACGAUAAGCGAAAAAGAUUCACCGUCAUGUAAUUUCCUUUGUCAGCAAACCCCACCAAACCACCGGCACAUCAACAUCAGGCGUUCACGUUUUUACGAAGUUUUUCGUAUGUAAGUCGGGGCAUAGUUGGCUUAAAAGCUGCUGUUCCCGCAUUUGCGCGUGGGGAGAGAGUUUUUUGAGAUGGAUAUAUCAGAUCAGGCAUGGGCAUGGUAGCUUUAAAGCUCCGGCCCGCGGGAUGGAAGAGAUGGUGCGUACAAGGUGAUGAUAGAUGGGGAUAUUGGAUGGAGAGAGGCUGGGUAGCUUUAAAGCUCCUGCCUGCCCACGGGUUUUUUUGAUGGCCUGCGGGAGAUGAUGGGAUGCUGUCAUGCCUACGAUAUGCCUCGACGUGCAACCAGAAUCUUGAUGAUGAGAUGGGAUGCGAGUCAAUGGAUUGAGUAUACAAAAAUGUGUUCUUAUUUAAGUGACAUGUAUGCGUAGUUGUUAUCAGUCUACAUCUAUUCUACAAACUGAUUCCCAC